AUGGGACCCAACUGUGAACAUGAGCACCACGUCACACUUUCCGACCUGCGUGCCUGCAAAACCUGCGAGCUUUGUAUUCUCAUAAGCAUCCUGAUUUGCGAGGACACAAGUAGCACCUCCAAGCAAGAAAGCCCCUAUAGAACCCAGCUCGUCAAUGAUGGAAGCAAGCCGCAUCGCUACCUGAAGUUCAGUUUCAAAGAAGAGGGUGGGAAAUGGACGGACAAGAAGAUGAUCAUUGCGUGUUGGGAGAGCUUCACCGAUCACGUUUACCAUGGCUUUCGCUCACUGGGACCUUCAACUGCAUCGAGGCAGACAUUCGAUCUCGUCGGCUCAUGGUUGGACGAAUGCUUGGCCGAACACACGACGUGCAACCAUGUCUCGGACUUCUCGGCGCCGCUCCCUACGCGCCUUGUGGAGAUUGAGGUUGCCAAUGCACACGAGCAUCCGAAAGCCCGCCUCUGCUACGGAGACUCGUUACCACCAAGCACUCCCUACGUGACAUUGAGUCACUGCUGGGGGAAGGAGAUAUUUAUGACGCUCACGUCCAGAACCGUGAUUAACUGGAUGGAAGCCCUGCCAACAGGAGACUUGCCUCAGACAUUUCGCGAUGCCAUGGUCAUCACUCGGAGACUGGGAUACCAGUAUCUUUGGAUUGAUAGCCUCUGCAUCAUCCAGGACUCAGAAGAAGACUGGGUUCGAAGAUCGGAGCUCGUUCCCGACCACUCGACGUGCCGCCAGUUCGCAGGGCUCUUGCAGCAACUCUCGACGACACCCCACGAAACUCCAUCUUCUGAAUGGCACCGCCGUUGGGCUGGCUUGGUGAAAGACUAUUCCGAGCGUCAACUGACUUACCCCGAUCGUGACAAGCUCGCUGCACUUUCCGGAGUUGCAAAGGCCUUCCAGUUUCAGCUGCCCGAGGAGACGUAUAUUGCCGGCAUGUGGGGUGACAAGGAUGACCUUCUCCGGAUGAUGAUGUGGUCAGCCAUCAAGAAAAGCCCGAGGCAGACAAAACCAAUCUAUCGCGCACCAUCCUGGUCAUGGGCAUCCCUGGAUACUCCCGUGUCCACUCCGCUCUCCAGCUAUGGGCAUGAUCUUGUUUCUUUUGUCAAUAUAAAGCAUGCUCAAACCAAGCCUCUCAACUCGGCCGACCCGACUGGCCGCAUUGCAGAUGGAUUCAUUACUCUCGUGGGGUUUUGUAUCCCUACUCUGUUGACUCUUGAAAGAGAAAAGACUCGACUCAAGUUGGUGGGGAAGUAUACAGCAAGUGCCCAGAAGUUCUGGCAAAAGUGUCGGCCCACUGUAAAGCUGGACCAUAUUGAACCAGCUUCAAGCUUUCCGCGAUGGAUGUGGUGCGUGCCAUGGUUCUCGUACGACUUCGUGGCGCGUGAUGACAGGCCUCGACAUCGCAUCUCCUUUUUGCUCCUCGAGGGUGCAAGGCAAGGCGAUCAGAACCCCAAGAUCUUCAGACGAAUCGGCAUGGCUGAAAACUGGAAUUUUCCCUUGGCCUACAAGUGGGAUUUGAUGUACUACAAAGAGAUGACAGUUGUUUGA